GCGACCGCCUUCCUCCUCAGCGGGGCUGUGUGGGAGCAUGGCGGUUCUGCUGCUGGUUUUCCCUUCGCUGCCGCGGCUUCACGGGCUCCUUCAGCGCUGCUGGGGGCGGCUGGAGUGCAGCCUCUCGCCGGGUUUCUCCGGGGGCCGGAGCCCACCCUGGGGACCAGCACUAGCUGUCCAAGCUCCAGCUUUUCUUCCAGAGCCAGUUAGCGAUGCUAGAGAAAGUAAUGAGGCGCCUGGCCUCUUAGAUAGCAUCUUAUGGAUGGCAGCACCAAAGAAAAGACGCAGCAUUGAGGUGAACCGUUGCAGGCGCAGAAAUCCCAAUAAGCUUAUACCAGUAAAGAGGAACAUAGAUGUAUGUCCUGAGUGUGGAAACUUGAAACAGAAACACGUCCUUUGUGGCUACUGUUAUGCAAAGGUCAAAGCAGAAACUCAACUGAUAAGGAUGGAAAUACGUAAAAAAGAAGGAGGACCAUUUAAUACUCCAACUGUAGAGACGGUUGUCCUUUAUGAUGGAGAAAAGCCCACGGAAGAAGAUAAAAGCAAGCGGAUCAUUGAAAGAGCCAGGAAGCGUCCAUCUUGGUUUGUUCAAAAUUGAUGCUAUAGACCUAAUGCUAACAAAACCAGCAAGGAAUAUGAUUGUCAAGAAUGUUUUCCUCAUUUCGCUCACUCGAUGUUGAUAGAGGAAACCUGGGAACUUUUGGGAAGCCCACUUGAUUUGCAUGUCAUGCGGUAUGGUUUUGCAGUCACGUGGUGUUUCGGUGGCAUGCGGUGGGAAAUGCUUCUCAGUGAUGCAUCACAGCAGUCAGCAGUCAAAGAGAAAACACCAUCUACCUUGGGUUUGGACACCUGCAUACACUAUACUGAAUAUAUGCUAAUGUUCUGUGAUGAUUUUGUAAAUAACUUUUUUUUUAACAAAGGGAAAACAUUCACAGAUAUAAAAUAAAGUAUGCUAAGUUCCCCAGGGAAAUCGG